GACCCUCGUUGCGUUUCGUUCGCCCUCCCGGCUCCCGCACCCCUGGACGCCUCCUGUCCCACGUUAGUUUGUUUUCUCUUAGAACCUUUGAUCAAUUCCCCCCUCACUCAUCUCCUGAAUCCACGGGUUGAUUCUAUCUCCUGCCGAUUUGGCUGCCGCCAGAGUCGCCUGACACCGCGAUGAGCGCAACCCACCACCUCUCCUUUCCAUCUCACAAGCAGCAGGGGAGAUUGGCAAUGUUCUGAGGUCACGAACGCGGGCGUCCUAGGGAAUGGACGUUGCCGUCCGGAGGAACUUGGCCCAUGGCUUCGAGGAAUAGUGUGGGCGAGACCUCCUGGCCUCCCAUGGCCGUCGCCGCCGGGUCGUCUCGUCAGGCCCAUACGCUGUCUAUCCGGCCGCUGGCCACGCCCCCGAUCAUCUCCUUCCCACUCAGUUCGUCCUCCCCUAGCAUCUUACAUCAAUUCGUCCUCGCAGCGCCACCACCGUCUUCCCCUCAUCCCCAAUGAGACGCUGCUCCUGAUCGUUGCGGUUCCCCAAUCCGAGUUUCCCCCCAAAAAAACCUACAUCUUGUUAGCCCCACCUUAGCAGAAUGGAGGAGGCCAAGGUGGGAGGCAUCCUUACGGCUUUCGGCGACUGAGUCGGUCGGCUGCGGCGGCUGCAGCAGGGAAGAUGCUAUCUGCCAACAUCCUCUCGAGAUCAUGCGUUUGACACAACACUCAAAUGGUAAGCCCAUGGGGUUCUCGUCAAGGGAAUCAUAUCUGAAGCAGCGUCCAGAUCUGAUAGUUGAUUAGGUGGGUCUUAUUAUGUCUGCUACAUUGCUGCAUGAUAUGCAUAUGAGGGAGGAAUCACUGAAGAAUGGUGAGCCACUCUUUCGUUGCUGGUGUCGAACGUCCAAUUUAUAAGUUAUCAAUUCUCUCCGUAGAGACAAAGAAAGAAAGUCAUUCAGAUGAGUACUGAAUUCAUUGUAGACAAUUUGGAAGAACAGAUCAGUACACGUUUAGUGAAAUGGCUGUAUGCCUCUGUGCAUACGAUUAAAGGACAUAUUUCUUCUCCAGUCUUAUUUCAUUAUAUGUAUAAUUUUUUGCUCUCAUUUACCUUAUGUCUUUUCAGACCGAACAUUUUUCUUACUCAUACCCAAGACACCAAAUAGAAGGAAGUUGUAGCAGUUUAGAAGUCACAACAGUUGUCAUGUCUAAACUAAAUGCUAGCUAUUUUGAUAUUCUUUUUGGUGGCCAUACCCGAUAUGUUCUUCCGGUAAAAAAACGGGUAUGCUCCUAUCAGAUCCAACCCUUUCGAUGUCAAAAAUAGUAAUUUCAUAUUAUUAGUUGCAGGCUUAAUUUGACCUUCAGUAUGAUUGUUCUGAGUGGACAAUGCCCUUCUUGUAGCUUUCAUUAGGCAAUAGGAACCGUUGUUGCAAAUAGAAACAGCCUGCAAAUGUUUACUUAGCCUGUAAAUUCAGAAAAGAGAAAAAAAUGCACCUGUAUACAAAAUUCAUUUUGCAGCAGCUUGAAAGUGACUAAGGACUUGGGGAGAACCAUCGCUGCUACCAACCAAGGAGGACCACAGGAAAGGUAGAACACUACAGCUUGGUCCAUGUUCGCCUGACCCUUGUUGUCCAAAUCAAUUUGCCAUGGCUCAUUAGUUGCACGGUUCUUCUAAUCCGAUAAUUGGUGUGUUCUAAUAUAGGCAAAUUGCAAGGAUUACAUUUGAGGGGUUAUCAACACAUGUAGGUUUUGUUUUUCUCUACAGCUUUAGGACAAAAACAAAAAAAAGGAGCGAUGAUGAUAUACUAAGAAGGAGAUGGCACACAAUAUUGAUCAGUGUCUUUGUCUUUAUUGCCUCGUGGCAACGCACCGGCAUUGUCCUAGUCACUCUAAAAUUCAACGUCAGAUUUAUAGCUCUUAGAGGAUACACGUCCGCUUUUGAGCCCGUUCGUAAAAAACAUGCGUGUGCACCCGGGCCGAGGACUCCAUGUCAGUUCAUCGAGUUAAUUGCAAGGAACUAUCACACUUUGACACGUUGUGACGAAUCAGUACCACUAGUCACCUUUUUUUAUCAUGCAGUGCUAACUCUAAGCCUAAGUGUUGCAAAACGGCCUGAUUGCCGUAUAAGGAUCUGGUACAAUGACAAACUUGAGCAACCACAUCAGCAGUUAUAUCUGUACAUGUGCUUUAAGAAUCAGCGGCAAUUCAAAGAUGCUUUGUUGAGCUUGCACAUCGCACAUGCCAGAGACUUUAGGUAUCACAGAAAUUCAGACCAAAGGAUCAUUGCCUAUUGUAAGCAAGAGCACUACCAGUUUUGCAUAGUUGCUGCAGUUAUCAAAGGGGAGAAGACUUUUGCUAUUAAGAAAAUAAGGCUGGAGCACACUUGCCCUAGCAGCAUUGAGACAUCUAGGAUUAGUGCCAAGUGGCUUGCAAAGACCUAUGAGUCAUUGUUCAGGUCUGAUCCAACCACCAACAUACACACUCUGAUUGACAACUGCAAUGAGAAGUAUGGUGUUGAUGUGCCAAGGCACAUGGCCUAUAGGGCCAAAAACCUUGCUGUGGAAGCUGUGCUAGGAGAGCACAAGAAACAGUAUCCCAGGCUUAGGGAUUAUGCUCAGACCAUCAUGGAUACAAACCAUGGUAGUAGAGUUUUAGUUGCAACAGUUACUCCAAAACCAAUUACAAAAAUACCAUAUUCAGGACCAAGGUUUCAUACUAUGUUCUUCUGCAUAAAUGGAGCAAGGGAGUGUUUUCUCAAUGCAUGCAGACCAUUCAUUGGUUAGUAAUGCUUUAUAGUUCUUUCUCAAUUGAUGUAGUGGUGCUUUAUAGUUCUUUAUACUUAAAUAUAUAGUUUAGUAAUGCUUUGUAAUAUAUAGUUUAGUAAUGCUUUGUAGAAGUUUAAAUUGUUCUUUGGUUGCAACAACAAUUGUUGAUGGAUGCUUUAUUAAGCUCACCACUGGUGCUCAAAUCCUAGCUGCCACUGAAAGAUAUGGGAAUAAUAAUAUUUUCCCACUUGCAUUUGCUGUUGUUGGACAAGAGGACACAGCUAACUGGUGUUGGUUUCUAGACGAACUGAAGAUAUGUCUAGGAGGAGAAGUUGGCAAUUUGGGCCUUAUACUAUCAUGUCUGAUAGACAGAAGAUAUGCAUGCAUCUUUCUGUUAUGUUCUUGCUUUUAUGUUCUUCUGCAUUAGCAUGUUAUGUUCUAGAUGUAGUAGUACAACAACUAAGUCUAGCAUGCUAUGUGAACAGGGGCUACUAAAUGUAGUAAACCAAGUUUUUCCAAACUGUCAUCAAAGAUUUUGCCUUAGGCACCUUUAUGCAAAUUUCCAGAAUGCUGGGUUUAGGGGGGAAGAUCUUAAGAAAUGCAUGUAUAAUGCCAGCUAUGCUUAUAACCAACACAACUUUAACAUUGCCAUGAAUGACUUGAAAAAUGAGAGUGAGGAAGCUUGGAAGUGACUAAGUGGAAUACCUAAGCACACAUGGGCUAGGCAUGCUUUUGACACUAACUGCAAGACAGACUUGGUUGUUAACAACCUGUCUGAGGUGUUCAACAAGUACAUCCUAGAUUUUAGGAAAAAACCUAUUAGGACCAUGAUUGAUGGUAUUAAGGACAAGAAGAUGGUGAGGUGGCAUAGAAACAGAGAGAGAGAGAGAGAAAAUGCAUCUCUGUGGGAGAUCACACCACAUUAUGCUGAGAAGCUUGAGGAGGAAAAGGAAAGGGCCAGAUUCUGCAAACCUAUACAAGCUGGUGUAAAUCUUUGGCAAGUGACCAGUGGGCAGCAAACACAUGCUGUAAACUUGGAAGUUUAUACAUGUGGCUGCAGAAAGUGGGACCUGAUUGGCAUACCAUGCAACCAUGCAAUAUCAGCAAUUAACAAGGCAAAAAGAUUUCCAGAGGACCAUGUCCGCAAUUUCUUCAAAAAACCUUUUUACCUUGCUGCAUAUGAACCAAUGAUAUAUCCAGUUCCUGGUGAACAUGAUUGGACAAGGACAAGUGGACCAGACAUAGAGCCACCCAAAUUUCAUGUGAAGAAGGGGAGAAGGAAAGAGAAGAGAAUAAAGGGCAGAUUUGAGGUUCCAAAACCAAAGGACAGUUCAAGAAUGGCCACUAUAACAUGCAACAACUGUGGGCUCCAAGGCCAUAGGUACACAAACUGCAAGCAACAGUUGCGACCAGAGUUGGCUAUGAGGAAAAACAAGCAUGUGGCACCUGCAAGAUCAAGGAAUGAAGAUACUCCAUCAGGAUCACAACAGCCACCAACAAGAUCUGCUAGUGCAAGAUCUGCUACUGCAAGAUCUGCUAGUGCAAGAUCUGCUACUACUAGAUCUGCUACUGCAAGAUCUACUUCAAGAUCUGCUAGAGUGUCAGCUAGUGCAAGUGCAAGAUUUGCAAGGCCUUUCACUGCCCCAAGAUUUGCUGCAGGAGCUUCAUCUUCUGGUCCUUCUACUUCUGGUGCUCCUUCAAGUGUCCCAGGGAAUUACACUCGCUCAAUGUCAUUCUUUACUGCUAGUGGCAACACUUGAGUGAGAGAAUGUUGCUAUUUUGGUCUGAUGGAGUACCAGAAGAUGUGAACUAAGUUAGUUGUGCUACAAAACUGAUGUAUGUUCUAAUGGAGUACUAAGUUGAGUCUGAUGUGAACUAAGUUAUUUGUGCUACAAACCAUGUAUUCUCUGGUCAUUUGUGGACAUAUCAUGCUCCUAUCA